AUGACCGCCACGUGUCUUAUCAACAGCAACAACCGCAGCUUUAGUUUGAGCAAAGAGAGGGAGAAAUUCACCUGGGCAUUUGUUGUUUUCUUCUUGUAUCCUCUGAUGGAUCAUCACACAGAGGUGUUCCUGAGGCGCCUCUCCUACAUCGCCCUGAUCAUCGGGACCUUCACCUUCCUCCUCCUCCUCCUCCAAACCCCCGACACCUGCGUCGCACCCGAUUCCCCCCCAAAGCCCCACCUCCGCUUCCCACGCCACUCCUGCGACCACCGCCCCCGCCACCACCUCCCCCUCCACAAGAAGAACAAGCGCCUCUGGUCCUCCUCCACGUGGCGCAAUCAGGUCCGUUCCUUCUCCCUCCUCUUCCACUCCCUCCACCACCUCGGCCUCCUCCACAACCACUCCAAGGCCCUCUGCGUCUCCGCCGGCGCCGGCCACGAGGUCAUGGCGCUCUCCCGCCUCGGCCUCUCCGACGUCACCGGCGUCGAGCUCCUCGAGUCGCCGCCGCUCGUGGGCCGCGCCGAUCCGCACAACCUGCCGUUCUUCGACGACGUGUUCGACUUCGGGUUCAGCGCGAGGCUGGAGCAGGCGCUGUUCCCGGCGAGGUUCGCGGCGGAGAUGGAGAGGACGGUGAGGCCCGGCGGGGUGUGCGCGGUGGCGGUGGAGGUGUGUGGGGAGGCGGAGGUGAGGGAGAUUGCGGGGCUGUUUAGGAAUUCAAGGCUGCUUGGCGCCAUGAAUGUGACAUUGACUGGGUCGAGAAUGACAAGGAUUAUAAUGAGAGUAAAGCAUUCACCUUGAAGAUUUUUUUCGUGGUAAAUCUUUCUUCACUCUGGUUUCGAUUUGCUUCUUUGAUUCGGUUAGUUUUCGGUUUCUGUGUGUAACCAAUGUGACAGAUACAUAGUUUUGGAUAGAGAAUAGAAGUAAGUUGAGCUUAGAAUUGUUGCUAAAGAGCGUGAAUUGUAUUCAGUGUGAUCAUCCAUUUGUUAUCAUGAUGAAAACAAUGAACUUCUGACCUGUUAUUGGACUGUUACAGUUAUCAUAAUGCAGCUAAACACCGAAUUCGGCAGCUGAUUGUGACGAAAAUUGCAUAUGACCCCUCUUUAAUUGGUUCUGAGAUGGAUACAUUGGAUUUGAGAAUUUGAUAAAGUUUAGGGAUCUUUAGAUUUUAUUGCAAGACUUGUAGCAUUAGUACAAUAUAGUUCAAAAGAGAAGAGGACUUUAAUAAAGGGUAGUUUUUUAAAUUCGAGGACUCUUAGGUUCAAUAGAGACCCUAACAUUUUUAUGAAAUUUAACUUACAGGCUCCUGACUUCAUAAAGUGAGCCGGAUCCAUCUAACAAGAAUACAUUUAUCUUUAUUGUGUUUAUUUCAAUCAAUUUUGCUGAAUUGAGAGUGCUAAAUCAUUGCCUUACUUGCAGCACAAGCUUGUCCAAUCAUUUUAUGUCUUAGUUUUAUUAGGAUUCUUAGUUGAGUCUCUUUCCAUACUUUUCCAUUUAUAAUUGCCUUUCCUCUUUAUCUUUGGAUUGAAGCUUCAGAUGUUUUGUUGGCCAUUUAGAGUGUAUCCAAUAAUAGAUAUUCAUAUCGUAGACGCUUUUCUUUGCUCUCUGAUAUUGCAUUGAGACCUGAAUCCAUUUGAAUGAAGAGAUAUGCAUGUCCAACCUAUCCGCUUGUUCUGUGUUGAAAAGAAAGAAUGAGAAAAGCAAGGCUGAUUAUGACUGACUCAGUACGCUGCCUGAUGAUCUUCUCUCCAUCGUAGUCCAUCAGUUUCCUGUUAAGGAAGUAGCAGCUACUAGUAUUCUUGCCAAGCGAUGGAAGCAUAUAUGGAGAUCUUCAACAAAUCUCGACUUUACUGAUGCAGCGACAAGAAAACCAUCAAAAUAGCCAGAGAUAUGUCAAGUCUGUAAAUCAUGCAAAGUGCCUUCGACAAUUAUUUAUAUGCCUGCAGUUAUGGCUCAUGAGUGAACAGCGAUUUUGUUUGUUCUCGUUUCUUAAUAUGCUAGGCUCUUGUACU